UAUGUAAAAAAAUAAACGAUAUCGUUUACUUUUUUAAAUGUGGCCAUACUUUGCUUUGACUUGUCAGUGUCAUAUCAUACGUCAAAAUUGGGAAGCUAGGUUAUGUAGAUUGCAGUGCCGCUUUGAAUAAUCGCCGUUAUAUUUUAUUGAUAAAAGAGUGCCUAAAGCAAGAAUAAACUUUAAAUGUCGUUUCUUUGUUUACAGAGCAACACAUGAAGUUAUUCUUUGUUCCAAUUCAUACCAACAAAAGUGAAAUCAUCUUAUAAAACGACAUUUCUAGUUACAAGAUUCAAGGGAAGAUGACGAAACUUCGUUUUGAAUUCACAAUACUACCUGGAAGUGACGAAAAAACAAAUGUCUGUUGUGUAACGUCAAUAACCACCGAGGACAACAAGAGUUAUGCAUUACCGGACGGAUUGCAGUCAGUUAGCCAGCACAAAGAAUUGAUAAAGACAGCGGCGUAUAGUAAGGUGAAAAAUAGUCUGUCGAAAAGGUACCAGACAAGGAGAAUUUGGAUCUCGCUGACCGAGGAACUGGAGCAAAUUUAUAUGGAUGAGGAUGGCAAUGUACAGUUUGCAGACAGAUACCUGGAGGAAUUAAAUCAGGACCAAUGUGCUUCUACUACACCCACUGCUGCCGGCACAAAAGGGACCAAUACUUUAGAAAAAUUGUUAGAAAAAUUAAUAGAAAGUACACAGGAAAGUAAACAACCGAGCUUGAAGAAUAUUGCGGACAAGUUUGUGAUAGAGAAGUUUACUAGCAAGCAUUCUAAUGCAACUCAAUGGAUGGACAUUUUUGAAAAGGAAUGUGAGCGCUUCCAGAUAUCGGAUGAAAAUAAGAUUGAAGUUCUUAGGCUCUUUAUGGAUAAAAGUUGUGUAGAUUGGUACAGUUCCAUGGUUAUAAAAUUGACUAUGAAGGCAGAAUGGUCUGAGUGGAGGAAAAAAUUUUGUGAAUCAUUUGUUAGCAAAGGGUGGAGCCCAGUUACAUAUGCAUUACUGUAUAAAUAUAAGGAUGGCUCACUGUUGGAUUAUGCUAUAAAGAAAGAAAAGCUUUUACUUGAUAUGAGAAAGUCAAUUGAUUCUGGUACAUUGGUGGAUCUUAUUGCAGUUGGUUUGCCGGAGUACAUAUUAAACAAAAUUGAUAGAGUGUCGGUAGUUGAGAAUUGUGCACCCACCCUAGAUUAUUAAUAAACAGUCUUGAAGUCCAACUCGAGUAUCAUUGACGCCUACCAUGACAUGGCGCAGCCGGAAAUUAUUUAAAUGGUUCAAACAAAGAUAAAAUAGUAUAAAAAGUUAUAAUAUUUAAUUAACAGGACUCAGUUGUUUAUAUACUAAAAUGGAAACAGUGCUUACGCCUCCGUUACCGUUUACUUAUGAUCAAAGUUUAUUGAACAUUACUACGGGCAGUUUAAGUGAUAGUUGGAAAAAAUGGAGUAAGGGAUUUACAAUAUAUUUCGACGCGUGUGAACUUUCUAAAAAAACAUCGGCCAUACAAAUAAAUAUAUUGCUUCAUAUAGUGGGUGAACAGUGCAGGGAAUUGUAUGAACAACUAAAUGUGAAGUGUACUACGGUAGAACAGGUUUUGGACGAAUUUAAAAAAUAUUUUGAUCAAAGGAAAAACUUAACGGUUGAGAGGCAUCGAUUUUUUACGCGAAAUCAGGCAGAAAGUGAAACAAUUGAACAAUAUGUGUUUGAUUUAAAGAAAUUAUCAACUUCAUGUGAGUUUGGAACUUUAUGUGAUUCCUUAAUUAAGGAUAGGUUGAUAUGUGGCAUCGCGAGCAAAGCUAUUCGGGAGAGAUUAUUACGUGAAGCCGACUUGACUUUAGAACAAGCUAUGGAGAUUUGUCGAGCGGCUAUAGUAUCUAAAGUGUAUUCGGAAAAAAUUGUUGAAGACUCGCGAGAGAAAUCGGUACAUAACAUAACGACGGGUGACAACAACAAUUCAUUGCAAGAUAAUAAUGUAUGGCAAAUAUCACAAAGAGGAGGUUACGGUCGCGGCCGUGGACGGUUCGCGGGGUCGCGAGGCGGCCGUGGCGCCGGGCGCGGCGCGGGAGCUUGGAGCAGGAGCGGUUGGCGCGCGCAGGACUCGACCGUGUCGGCGCGAGCGGCGGCUGGCGCGGGCGGGAGCGCCGCUGGUGCUCGUAGUGCGGCGCAUGUGUAUAAUAACGGUACUCGUUGUUGUAACAAAUGUGGUACAACGCACGGAAACUAUGCGUGCCCAGCGUAUGGGAAACGUUGUUUACGGUGUUCGCGCAUGAAUCACUUUUCGCGUAUGUGUGGCGUAUAUCAAAUUGAGGAGUCGGACCAACAGGUAAUAUAUUGUCUUAAUAAUGAGAUAGAUGAAUGGACGAUUGUUUUAAAUAUUAAUAGCCAUAAUUUAAGGUUUAAACUUGAUACGGGAGCCGAAGUUAAUGUUUUGCCAUUACGCUACUUAUCUCAAGUUGGUUUAAGCAAAGAAAAUUUAAUGGUUACCACGUCGCGGCUUCACGGUUAUUCUGGAAAGAACUUGGAAGUUCUAGGCAAAUGUUUUUUGAAAGUGGUAUAUAAAGAUAAUGUAUAUUUUUUGGAAUUUAAAGUGGUGGAUGUGCCGUCCUCUCCUGUAUUAGGUAAAUAUGAUUGCAAGGUAAUGAAUUUGGUUAAAAGAGUAUUCGCAGUGAGUGAAAUGGAGCAAUUGAACUCUCCGGCUUUUGUUACGGAAUAUAAAGAUGUAUUUCAGGGUAUAGGUUGUUUGCCUGGUAGUUAUAAAAUUAGAGUGAAUCGCGAAUGCAAGCCUGUGGUGCACGCUCCAAGAAAGGUACCAAUACCAUUGCGAGAAAAACUAAAGGCAAAGUUAGAAGAUAUGGAGCGACAAGACAUCAUAGCAAAGGUUGAGGGCCCUACUGAUUGGGUCAACAGCAUGACUAUCGUAAAAAAAACCAAAUGGAGAUCUUAGGAUAUGUUUAGACCCGAAAGAAUUGAAUCAAGCUAUAAAACGAGAACACUUUAGUUUGCCUACGUUAGACGAAAUAGUUUCGAAUUUGUCAGGGGCUCAGUAUUUUAGCACACUAGAUGCUACUAAUGGUUUUUGGCAAGUAAAAAUAGAAAAUAGUGAUCUUUGCACUUUUAAUACACCGUUUGGGAGAUAUAAGUUUCUACGUAUGCCCUAUGGAAUAUCGUCUGCGUGUGAGGUUUUCCAUCGCAAAAUAUAUGAGAAUUUUGACGAUAUCGAAGGAGUUUGUAUGUACGUAGAUGACAUUUUAGUCUUUGCAAAAACGAAAUCUGAGCAUGAUGAGAGGUUGAGACAGGUAUUAGAGAGAUGUCGUAAAAUUAAUUUAAAAUUAAAUUUUGCUAAGUGUAAAUUUGGUCUUGAGGAAAUUAAAUACUUAGGACAUAAAAUUACGAGGAAAGGUCUAUACCCAGAUGAUAGUCAUAUAUCGGCUAUUAUUAAUAUGCCUAGGCCACAGAACAGUAAGGACGUUGAACGUUUGUUAGGAUUAACAACGUACGUGGGUAAUUUCAUACCUAAUCUUUCUAAUAAAACCGAACCACUCAGAGAAUUGUUGCGGAAAGAUAUAGAGUGGCAUUGGAGUGAGAGACAUGAAAACACAUGGAAUAUCAUAAAAAAAUGUUUGUCCGAAAAACCAGUGCUACAAUAUUACAGUAUGUCUAAGCCCAUAAAACUUUCAGUAGAUGCGAGUAAGAGUGGCCUGGGAUGUGUACUUUUACAAGAUGGUCUGCCCGUGUGUUAUGCCUCAAAAGCACUUACAAAAACUGAGCAGAGAUACGCACAAAUAGAGAAAGAGUUAUAUGCAUGCGUAUACGCAUA